GCAUUGCGGACGGAGCCGCCGGCUCCCGGGGAGGGGCGGCCCCGUGAUGCCGGGGGCGGGUGGAGGCCCGCGGAAGGCGGCGUGGGCGGUGCGGGGCAGCGGGGGCGCGGAGCCUCCGCCCCGCCGCAGGAGGGAGGGAGACAGGCAGGGAGGUGCCGCCGCCGCGUCCCGGCGCGGGCAGCGGAGCGGCGAGGGGCGGAGGUGUCUUUGAGAGCAUCUGGAAGAGUCAGGGACAAAUGUUAUGAAAGUUGCUUGAGGACGUCAUGCUGUGCUUUGGGAGCAGGUGAUUUUCUUAGGUUGCUUCUGAACUCAUUACAUGAACGUUUCCCAUCCUUAUGGUAUUGAUUUAACAUGCUCUGGAAUCAUGAUGGUUGUGAAGUCCCUGGCUGGCAGUGGAGAAUUAAUGUUUGGUGUGGCAGAAAGCUGGUGUAAAUGACUGCUGCUGCCUCCCAGAGCAAGCUAACCUGCUCAGUCAGCUGGAGCCCCCUGCGGACAGCUGUCUCGCUUUCAGCUGAUGGAGCACUGCUGUAGGCGCUGAAUGGAAGAGCGCGGAGCGGCCAGACCAGCACGAGGAGCUGCUGCUGCAGCAGCCGGAGCCGCCGAGGACUCUAUUGUUCCCUGGUGUUAAACAGUUUUGCCUUUUCGACUGCCAUGCACCGCCGCGGGAGAGAGCUUUCCGGUGCCUUUCUCCCCGCCAAGAAAUUCUGAGGAGGGGAGGCCGGUGUGGAGGAGGUUCGGCGGCGGUGCCCGGGUGCCGGAGGCAUGGGGCUGAGCGCGGGCAGCGCUCCGCUCCGCCGCGGUCCGCGGGCUCCUGCCCUGCCCGCCCCGGCCGUGCGAGUCCUGCUGCUGCUGCUGCUGGGAAUCCGGGACGCUCGGGCACAAAGUGAAUUCCAAACUUCCUCGGUGUAUCUGUGGAAGACCGGUCCAUGGGGGAGAUGCAUGGGAGACGAAUGCGGUCCAGGAGGCAUCCAGACACGAGCGGUGUGGUGUGCCCACGUGGAGGGCUGGACCACGCUGCCCACCAACUGCCGGCAGCCGGAGCGGCCGGACAACCAGCAGAGCUGUUUCCGCGUGUGCGACUGGCACAAGGAGCUGUACGACUGGCAGAUCGGCGCCUGGAACCAGUGCCGGCCUGUGCUCUCCCGCAGCCACGAGAAGCCCCUGGAGUGCCUCCGAGGGGAGGAGGGCAUCCAGACAAGGGACAUCACCUGCGUGCAGAAGUCCAACGGGGUUCCGGCUGAGGACGUCAUCUGCGAGUACUUCGAGCCGAAGCCCCGGCAGGAGCAGGGGUGCCUCAUCCCGUGCCGGCAGGACUGCAUCGUGGCCGAGUUCUCCCCCUGGUCCGAGUGCUCCAAGACCUGCGGCAACGGGCUGCAGCAUCGCACCCGGCACGUGGUGGCCCCGCCGCAGUUCGGCGGGUCGGCCUGCCCCAACCUCACCGAGUUCCAGAUGUGCCAGUCCAGCCCCUGCACUGUCCAGGAAAGCCUGUACAGCCUAAACGUGGGGCCCUGGAGCGCCUGCUCGGUGCCCCACUCGAGACAAGUAAGGCAAGCAAGGAAACGAGGGAAGAACAAAGACAAGGAAAAGGACAGAGAAAAGGCAGUUCGGGAUCCUGAGGCUCGCGAGUUAAUUAAGAAGAAGAGGAAUCGUAACAGGCAGAAUAGACAGGAGAACAAGUACUGGGACAUACAAAUUGGGUACCAAACAAGGCAGGUCACGUGUACUCACAGAAAUGGGAAAACUGCUGCUCUGAGCUUCUGCCAACAGGAGAAGCUGCCCAUCACAUUUCAGUCCUGUGUGAUCACGAAGGAGUGCCAGGUGUCAGAGUGGUCAGAAUGGACCCCCUGCUCCAAAACCUGCUUUGACAUGACAACCCCUAAAGGGAAUCGUACAAGAUCACGGACCAUUAAGCAGCUCCCUGUUGGCAGUGAAAGCGAAUGCCCACAAUUAGAGGAGGCAGAGCAGUGCGUGUCUCAAGGAGACGGCGUGGCACCCUGCAUUACGUACGGCUGGCGGACCACCGAGUGGACAGAAUGCCGUGUGGAUCCUCUCCUCAGCCAGCAGGACAAGAGGCGAGGGAACCACACAGCGCUGUGCGGCGGUGGCGUGCAAACCAGGGAGGUGUACUGCGUGCAAGCUAAUGAAAAUCUCCUCUCCUACUUAAAUACCCUCAAGGAUAAAGAAGCUUCAAGGCCAGUAGACCGCAAACUGUGUACAGGACCUCUUCCCAGCACCUCCCAGCUGUGCCAUGUUCCCUGUCCCACGGAGUGCGAGACCUCGGCAUGGUCAGCCUGGGGACCGUGCACCUAUGAAAGCUGUGAUGACCCUCAGGCCAAGAAGGGCUUUAAACUAAGGAAACGUCGCAUCACCAAUGAGCCUACAGGAGGAACAGGGAACUGCCCUCACCUGUUGGAAGCCAUCCCGUGUGAAGAGCCCUCUUGCUACGACUGGAGAAUCACGGGGCUGGAGGAGUGCAUCCCUGACAACGAAAAGCCUUGUGGCCCUGGGACACAGGUCCCUGUUGUUGUCUGCAUCAACAGCGAUGGAGAAGAGGUUGACAGGCAGCUGUGCAGAGAUGCCAUCUACCCGAUCCCGGUGGCGUGCGAGGCGCCGUGCCCGAAGGACUGCGUGCUCAGCGCGUGGUCCGCCUGGUCGUCCUGCUCGCACACCUGCUCCGGCAAAGCCACGGAGGGCCGGCAGCUGCGCGCCCGCGCCGUCCUGGCCUACGCGGGAGAAGGAGGAGUGCAGUGCCCGAACAGCAGUGCCCUGCAGGAAACACGCAGCUGUAAUGAGCACUCCUGCACUGUCUAUCACUGGCAGACCGGCCCGUGGGGACAGUGCAUAGAGGACACGUCUGUCUCUGCUUUCAACUCCUCUGCCAGCUGGAACGGGGAGGCCACCUGCUCUGUGGGCAUGCAGACAAGAAAGGUCAUCUGUGUCAGAGUCAACGUGGGACAAGUAGGCCCAAAAAAAUGCCCUGAAAGCCUUCGACCAGAAACCGUGAGACCUUGUCUGCUGCCCUGUAGGAAGGACUGUAUAGUGACUCCAUUCAGUGACUGGACACCGUGUCCUUCUUCAUGUCAAGAAGGGGGUGUCACAGUAAGGAAGCAGUCCCGUCACCGAGUCAUCAUCCAGCUCCCUGCCAAUGGUGGUCGGGAGUGCCCAGAGUCUUUGUUUGAGGAGAGGGAAUGUGAAGCUUCUCCUGUCUGUCAUAGCUACAGGUGGAAGACGCACAAAUGGCGCAGGUGCCAGCUGGUACCGUGGUACGUGCGCCAGGACAGUCCGGGAGCACAGGAGACCUGUGGACCUGGGCUGCAGGCAAGAGCAAUUACUUGUCGUAGACAAGAUGGAGGACAAGCUGACGUCAGUGAGUGCCUUAAAUACUCUGGCCCAUUACCACCCCUAACACAGAUGUGCCAGAUUCCCUGCCAGGAUGACUGUCAGUUCACAAACUGGUCAAAAUUUUCUCCCUGUAAUGGAGACUGUGGAGGAGUCCGGACGAGAAAACGCACUCUUGUUGGAAAAAGUAAGAAAAAGGACAAAUGUAGAAACUCUCAGUUGUAUCCCCUAACUGAGAAUCAGUUUUGCCCGUGUGACAAGUACAGUGCUCAGCCUGUGGGAAACUGGUCAGACUGUAUUUUACCAGAGGGUAAGAUGGAAUUAUUGCUGGGAAUGAAGGUACAAGGAGACGUCAAGGAAUGUGGACAAGGCUAUCGCUACCAGGCCAUGGCAUGCUAUGACCAAAACAAUCGACUUGUGGAGACAUCACGAUGCAACAGCCAUGGGUAUAUUGAAGAAGCCUGCAUUAUUCCAUGUCCCUCAGACUGCAAGCUCAGUGAGUGGUCCAACUGGUCUCGCUGCAGUAAAUCCUGUGGCAGUGGGGUAAAGGUUCGGUCUAAAUGGCUCCGUGAAAAACCCUACAAUGGUGGAAGACCCUGCCCAAAGCUAGAUCAUGUCAAUCAGGCCCAAGUGUAUGAGGUAGUCCCCUGCCACAGUGACUGCAGCCAGUACAUAUGGGUUACUGAGCCCUGGAGUGUCUGCAAGGUGACCAACGUGGACUUAAAAGAGAAUUGUGGAGAAGGUGUUCAAACAAGGAAAGUCAGGUGCAUGCUAAACACUGUGGAUGGUCCUUCUGACACAGUAGAAGACUAUCUGUGUGAUCCUGAAGAGAUGCCACUUGGUGCUAGAAAAUGCACAUUGCCAUGUCCUGAGGACUGUGUUAUGUCUGAGUGGGGAUCGUGGUCUCAGUGUUCUUUGCCAUGCAAUGGAAGUAGUGUCCGUGAAAGGUCAGCUGAAUGCCUAAGACAACCAGAUGAUGGAAAGCCUUGUCCUGCUGCCACCGAGGCAGAAGCCUGCACUUUGAACAAGAACUGCUACCACUAUGAUUACAAUGUGACAGACUGGAGCACAUGCCAGCUCAGCGAGAAGGCUGUCUGUGGCAGCGGUAUCAAAACGAGGAUGCUCGACUGCGUUCGCAGUGAUGGCAAAUCAGUCGACCUGAAAUACUGUGAAGAGCUUGGUUUGGAAAAGACGUGGCAAAUGAAUAUGUCCUGUGUGGUGGAAUGUCCUGUCAACUGUCAGCUCUCUGACUGGUCCUCUUGGUCUGAGUGCUCUCAAACAUGUGGCCUUACAGGAAAAAUGAUCAGAAGAAGGACCAUAAAUCAGCCAUUUCAGGGUGAUGGAAGGCCUUGUCCUUCUCAGAUGGAGCAGUUCAAACCCUGUCCAGUAAAACCUUGUUACCGAUGGCAAUAUGGCCAAUGGUCGGCAUGCAAAGUAGAGGAUGCUCAGUGUGGAGAGGGAACACGAGUGAGGAACAUCUCCUGUGUGGUUUAUGAUGGAUCCAGUGAAGAUGUUGGCAAAGUAGUAGAUGAGGAAUUCUGUGGAGAAAUAGAGCCUAUUAUAGAUGGUGAUAAGAAGAUAAUACUUGAGGAAACCUGCACUUUCCCUUGUCCAGGGGACUGUUACUUGAGAGAGUGGUCAGAAUGGAGCCUUUGCCAGCUAACCUGUGUUAAUGGUGAGGACCUUGGUUUUGGAGGAAUACAAGUCCGAUCUAGAGCAGUGAUCAUUCAGGACUUAGAGAAUCAACAUCUCUGUCCAGAACAGGCUUUGGAAACAAGACCAUGUGAUGAUGGCCAGUGCUACGAGUACAAGUGGAUGGCCAGCCCAUGGAAGGGAUCUUCUCGGACUGUGUGGUGCCAAAGGUCAGACGGUUUAAACGUCACAGGGGGCUGUUUAGUGAUGCGCCAACCAGAUGCUGACAGGUCAUGUAACCCACCGUGCAGCCAGCCCCACGCUUACUGCAGUGAGACUAGAACAUGCAGUUGUGAAGACGGAUACACUGAAGUCAUGUCCUCUGAUGGCACACUCGAGCAGUGCACGCUCAUCCCAGUGGUGGUGAUCCCCACCAUGGAGGACAAAAAGGGGGAUGUGAAAACCAGUCGAGCUGUGAACCCUACCCAGCCUUCCAGUAACCAGGCAGGACGAGGAAGGACCUGGUUUCUACAGCCUUUUGGGCCAGAUGGGAGGCUGAAGACCUGGGUUUAUGGUGUAGCUGCUGGUGCAUUUGUUUUACUCAUCUUUAUUGUUUCUAUGGUCUAUCUAGCCUGCAAAAAGCCAAAGAAGCCCCAGAGGAGGCAGAACAACCGACUGAAACCUUUAACCUUGGCUUACGAUGGAGACGCAGACAUGUAAAAUACAACUUCUCAUGGUGACAAAUGGAGUCUAAACUAUAGGAAUGAAGUCAGAGGUGUCCAAAGCCACAGGGAUUUUCUAUGGAGUGGAUUAAAUGUUUUGAAUUUUUCUUUUUUAUAACUGCACCAUAGAUAAAGAAGGAUGGAUUUCACAAUGCCUACUGAUAUUUUACUUUACUUUAGACCAUCAGCACUGAGAAGUCAGGCAGAAUCUCAAAAGACACUGCAGCUGGAGAUCUGUGGUGUUUCCUCAGUCUGAGAACUGAGCAGCACUUCUGCCUCCAGAAUACUGUAGCUGACAUAGUAUUAACACUUGGAAGCCCCUGCAUCAUUAACCAAGUAUAAUCAGUACGCAUGACGGGUUUGUACCAAGCUGUCUACGACUCUUUAUAGUCAAACAUAACAUAUAUACUCAGUUGAACCAUAUGUAUUAUUCUAUCAGAUUAUAUAUGUGAUGAAGAGCAUUUUAGUGCUUAGUACAAUAUUAACUUUUAACUGGGAUUAACCCACUGAGCAAGUUCAACAGUUUGCCAGUUGAUGAUAACUUGUGUUAACCUGUGUCUCAGAGGGCAAAAUUCUUGAAAAAUUCUGUCCUGUUACCACUCCAAAUUAUAAAGGCCUCAUGUGUACAUCCAGAAAGGAGGCAUUCUCAGAUUCACUAUUUUCUAGUGGUUAGUGUCUGGAAAAAAAUAUCUGCUGUAUAUGUUACAAUAUGUUUCUACUUUCUCUAACUCAAACUCUUGCCUGCAUCUUUUUUGCUACAUGUAAGGCAAAUUUUUGCACUAUAUUAGUGCAGCAUGAUAUGCACUUAACUAGUAUUGCCAUAGAAACUGCCUCUUUUCAGAAAAAAAUGAUGAUGUAUCUUGUGCAAGGAGUGUCAAGUAGACAGGUCUUGAAUCCUGAAGAGAGUAGUGUUCAGUUUGGACUGUGACGGGAUGGGAUCAGCUGCGACCUUUGCUGUCCACACACCCUUCCUCAGCACAGCAGCCACUUGUGCUCUACACCAUGGCAGUAAUACAAGUGUCUAGUUUUUGCCCCAUCUACCUAUACUGGUAUAGAUUGUCCUGCUGGUUUCUAAUUGUACCUUGAAGGCUCUUUGUGACUAAAUUUUUUAUAUUUGUUAACUUUAUUAGAAAAAAAGAAAAGAAAAAGAAAAGUGGUUGCCCUGUAAUCCUGAGUGACAUAUUUCUUGUCUAAAAGGGUGUUGUUCAACUAAAAUAAAAUGGUUUUACUUUUCUUUCCUCCUGUUAAUGAGAGCUUUUUCACUGUUACUGGCAGUGCAAUACUCAGAGACGUUAUGUCUUUUCUAAUUACGAUAAUUCAAUAGACUCUUUUAAUUAUUCAGUUAAACUCCUGAGUGUACUGGCAAGUAAACAAUAAGAUCAAUAAUUCUGCCAUUUUAGUACUCAUGACUUUUUUAAAAACUCUGGCAGUAUGAAAACUCACUGUUAACCUCUUCCAUGCUUAUGGCUUUUCAGUGUUCCAACAUGAAGCUCACUGACUUGCCACUCCUGUGACAUGGCUGUCACGGAUGUGAUCCGUGACCUGGGAAGGGUAAUUCUCCUCAAGUGGCUUCUGUGUGCAGCCAGAACGUGCAAGUGACUGUGCCACUACUAAGCAAUACAAAACUUUAUCAGGCAACCUCUCAAAAAGAAUUGUUACAUAAAGUUCAGUAUUAGGUUCUCAGGUCUUUUUUAUAACCUAAACCACUUCUGCCUAUUCAUCACUCUAUUUACUCAAGAAGCACCAGUUUUUGCACAGUGAAUGAAGCUAGCUUUGCAAACUUUGGCCCAGAUCCACUGAAAUCAAUAACAAGACUCUCAUGGACAUCAAUGGGUAAUAUCAGUUCUUAAAAAUACACACCUUUUUUUCUGUGUAUGAUUCUUGAAACCAAUGAGCAUUUUGUGGAUAUUCAAGAGAGAUUAUGAUCCUACUUUAACUUAGCUGCCAUAUUAUCAGUGUGGUGUUACUGCAUCAAUACCUUCAUCCCAUUGUGUAGGUAUUCCCCAAAUGGGAAUGAUGAGCAGGGGAACAAUGGUUACAAUCUUUGGUGCAGUUUUAAGCUCUCAUUUUAUACCUUGACUCAGCUGCAGCUGAUGAAUUUUUGUGGGCCCCUGCUACAGCAGUGGUUCAUUCAUAUAUGUGUUUCAGGACCAGAGUAUUCAGUCUUACAUCACCUUGUAAAGAUUCAUUGCAAAAAUACAAAUGUUGGUAAUUUUAUUUUUCAGCAUUCUUGAGUAGAAAACAAGAAAAAUCUGGUUGGUUCCUCUUUUGUCAGAAAUACAAAACAAAGCGUGGGAAAACUAUUAAGUAUUAAAGAACUAUAACUACAGGUGGAGACAGAUUUUAAUAAUGAUUUCUGCUCUUUUAAAAGUCUGAUUCUUUGUUGUUGAAUAGUUUUGGACCAAGCAGGCAUUGAGGGAACAGGGUUUCUUUCAUUGGCAAUGGGUCAUCUUUAUUUAUGACACUGGCUGGUCUUAGCAGGAGCUGUUGCCUAGUUCCUGCCUUGAAGAAUUUUAUGUCCUAAAUCUAAGCAUUUAAUAUCUUGAAGUUAAAGGUAUGACAUCUCUUUUUUCUUACCACAUUAAAUGGAUAAAGAGAGAGCUAGGAGGGUUUUUAAGUCUGUUUGGCCUUUGCAAUCCAUGCAAGUAUUUUAGUAUGUGUUGCAUUUUAUAUCUGAUCAGUGAAUAUCUGGUGCACAUUUGCAUCAUACUAGUGCUGCAUUUGAAAUCUAGAGUGCGUUUUUAUUAAUAUUUUUUCUAUGAACAAAGUGCAUGGAAAUUUGAAGCCAGAAUGGCUUCCCUCAUUAUCAAGAAAAAAAUACUAGGCUGUAAGGAGGGCUGAAAUUCUAUGUAAAUCUAAAUGUUGCAAAGGUGAUUAAGCCCUCUAGCAUUGAAACAGAAACAAAUAAUAUGGGAAUUAUCAAUAUAGAAUGAAAAGCAAUUUGCUUUAAAAAUCAGAGUGCUUCUACAAAUCCAGUGCCUAAAGCAGCCACUACUGUAGAUUAUUAGUUUGUGAAAGUAAUGUUUCCAGUGAUCAAAUAAACCAUUCAGAAAAUAGCAAAGUAGAUAUUUUCCUGUUGAUGUGGUGGUUUAUAUUUUCCUUUUUAAAACGGUAGUUUAUAGCUUACCGUGUCUGCUUUGAGUCCUGGAGCAGUUCCUUUUGCAGCUUUGAUGCAACUGCACAAGCCUGUUUAUAUUUGGUAUAAAGCAUCAAUUUUGAAACCCCCUUCCCCUGCCAAAAUGUAAUAAAGUCUUUUUUUCCAAUCUUACAAUUUGAAGAUACCAAUUUAAAAACUCUAUGUGUAAAUCACUGUAAAAUAUACCUUGAAUUAAAUGGAAAUCUGUCUUUUUACCUUUAUGUAAAUUUUUAAGAGUUAAGAGUUUAUUUUGCCUAACUUAAUUUACUUGAAUAUUUAUUUUGUAGAAUGAGGAGGCAGCUGUCUGAGGAAUGUUUACCUUUUUUUUUUUGGUUAAUGUUAAUUUGUAAAUUGUGUAAUGCAUUUUUAUUUUUUAAAUUAUGUAUAUUUCUUUUUUAAUGCACAAAAUGUUUACUUACAACUACUACUGCAAAUUUGUGUAUAAUGUCACCUAGCUUUAUUCAGUUAAUACAGAUGAUGUGAAAAUGUAACAAGUCUUACAUUUUCAUCUGGGUUAUUUUUACAUAACUGAUGUAUUGCUGACAAUAAAUAUAAACACAAAAUCAUUUAAUGUCUUUUUUUUAAUAAAUGUAGUAUACUAUGCUGGGAUAGAUUAACAAUAAAAGCCAGAUUCCAAAAAUAUGA